AUGAUCGUUCAAGGCCCCAAUUUUCCUUUUCCUCAUUCUAGUAAUUCAAAUGUCUAUGAUGCUACUACCACUAAACAUAACUACACUGAGUUUCAUCCAGAAAAGUUAGAGGUGAAUCAGCUUAUCGAGUCACAGAAAGAGACAUUGAGAAUAUUGAUGCAAGAGCAUGAAAAUCAACAACAAGUGAUGACAAUAUUGAAGAACGAAGAAUUAAAUUUCUCUUAUAUCCUAGCACAAAAGGAUGAACAAAUAGUAGAAAUGACAAAUAUAAACAUGGAGUUGGAAAAAUAUUCAACAAAAUUAGAGACCGAUAAUCAAUUGUGGCGAAAAGUUACUUAUGAAAAUGAGUGCAUGGUUUUGUCUCUGGAUAAUUCCUUAGAACAAAUCAAAAGAAAAAAUUCAUAUUAUCCUGAAGAUAUAGAGUCAUGUUGUGACAUGGAAGUGCUUGAAGAAGAAACAACUGAGAAUAGUAUAGUGUGUGAUGAUCAUGGAAUUGCAACAAGUUUUGACAUGAUUUGCAAACGUUGUUAUUUGAAUGAAUCAACUUUCUUGUUUCUUCCUUGUCGGCAUCUUUGUUCGUGUAAACCAUGUGAGCAUUUUCUCAAAGCAUGUCCGGUGUGUUUAACCGGAAAGAAAACUAGUAUAGAGAUCCUCUGUUUUCAAGAUUUAAGUUAUUAG